GUGUCCUGCCGCCGCCGUAAAGAGUCGAGCACAACUGCACAAGAUCUCGCAGAGCACGCGGAAGGAUUCUCAAUCGAUGCUGCAGAAUCUAACGCUGAAGGUGGAGGCCACUGGAGGCGGGUGGGCGGCGGCGCCGCCUACGCCGCCGCCGCGCGCGUGCGACUCGUGCCGCUCGGCGCCCUGCGCCGUCUACUGCCGCGCCGACGCGGCGGCCCUCUGCGCCGCCUGCGACGCGACCAUCCACUCCGCGAACCAGCUCGCGCGCCGCCACCACCGCGUGCCGCUCCUCCACCUCGGCGCCGCCGGCGGAGGCCUCGUCGUCCGCCCCAUCCUCGCCCUCCCCUACCACGUCGCCCUCCCGACCUACCACGACGCCGCCGGCGAAGACGAGGAGGAGGCCGACUCCUGGCUGCUCCUCGACCCCGCCGACGUCGCCGCUGAGGAAGAAAUCGCCGGCGAGGUGGAAGAGCUCUUGGACUUCGUCGAGUACAACUCCGGCGACAAUCAAGUGAAGAGCGAGGAGAGCGAGGGCGUGGUGCCAAGUGACCAGAAACAGAGGUUGGAGUUGGCAUAUGAUGCCUCCAAUGGAUUCAAUUACUCCUCUGUUUCCCUCAAUCAUAGUGUUUCUCCGUCGUCAAUGGCAGACAUCUCCAGCUCCAACAUUGCCGAAGGAACCAUAGGUCUAGGUCUCUUCCCGGGCAAUCACCCUCUUCAAAUGCCACCCCAUUGCAGCGCCAUGGACAGAGAGGCCAGGGUGCUCAGGUACAGGGAGAAGAGGAAGAUGAGGAGGUUUGAGAAGACGAUAAGGUAUGCGUCAAGGAAGGCGUAUGCAGAAACACGGCCACGGAUCAAAGGUCGGUUCGCAAAGAAGUCAAAUAUCGAUCUUGAAAUCGAUCAGAUGUUCGCUUCUCCUGCUCUAGGUGGCGAUUUGGUCUUUGGUGUAGUUCCAUCUUUCUCAUUCUGAUGUAAGAAAUGAAGCUCUGCGGGCUACAAUGGAUAAUUAUUGUUUGUAAACGAAAUGCCUAUGUAGGGUUUGCAUACAUAAUUGUAGGGUUUGCCAUGGAUGA